UUUUCAGCGCUGCUCCUGGAGCGUGUGGGCCAAAACGCGAAUGAACAUCGACCGUGGAAGUUGACUGCUGAAGUACAAAGCGCUAGGCUGAAGUAUACGAAAUUCAUGUGAGACUAGCGAGCCGCGGCCUCACUAGCCAAAGCCAGCCACAAAAAAAAACCAAAAACAAAUAGCAGGCAGCAGCAGGAGCAGCUCACACACACACAUCGACAAGCGCCAGGACCCGCAUCACCAUAUCCUUCCUGCCAAACAGUCGCCACUGCUGCCGCCCCUCCCCGCUCCCCUCGCUGGAGUCACGCUUCGUUAAACGCUGCUCAAAACCCAUCAUCCAACUAAUAAAUCGGACGAUAAACAAGCGCAUUAAGCUCCGCAGCGAACGAGCUAUUAACGCUAGUCUGGAUCCCGAUUGCUGAUUGGAAAGGAGAAACAUUGGCAGCAUUUCUGAUUAGGGGCAACAACACAGCAAAACAAAAUGCCGCCAAAUGCAAAAUCGGAAACGGACGCCAAACCGGAAGCGGAACCAGCGCCAGCGUCCGAGCCGGCAGCGGAGCUGGAGUCCGUGGACCAGAAGCUGCAAGAAACACAUCACUCCAAAUUCCGUGAGGUGGACAGGCAGGAGCAGGAGGUGCUCGCCGAGAAGGCGGCGGAAGCGGCCAGUCAAAGAAUCGCACAGGUGGAAUCAACCACACGGAGUGCAACCACAGAGGCUCAGGAAUCCACCACCACCUCAUUGCCGGUGAUCAAAAAGAUCGAGCAUGUAGGCGAAGUGGUCACCGAGGUGAUCGCGGAGCGCACGGGGCUGCCCACAUGGGGCGUGGUGGCCAUCAUCAUACUCGUGUUCCUGGUCGUCUUUGGUAUAAUCUUCUUCUGUGUGCGGAGAUUCCUGAAGAAGCGAAGAACCAAAGAUGGAAAGGGUAAGAAGGGUGUCGACAUGAAGUCGGUACAGUUGUUGGGAUCGGCGUACAAGGAGAAAGUUCAGCCUGAUAUGGAGGAACUCACCGAAAAUGCCGAGGAGGGUGACGAGGAGGACAAGCAGAGCGAACAGAAGCUGGGGCGCCUCAACUUCAAGCUGGAAUACGACUUCAACUCCAAUAGUUUGGCCGUGACGGUGAUCCAAGCUGAGGAGCUUCCCGCCCUGGACAUGGGCGGUACAUCGGAUCCCUAUGUCAAGGUGUACUUGCUGCCCGACAAGAAGAAGAAGUUCGAGACCAAGGUGCACCGCAAGACCCUGAGUCCGGUCUUCAACGAGACGUUCACCUUCAAGAGUUUGCCCUACGCCGAUGCCAUGAACAAGACGCUAGUGUUUGCCAUAUUCGACUUCGAUCGCUUCUCGAAGCACGACCAGAUCGGCGAGGUGAAGGUGCCCCUGUGCACCAUCGAUCUGGCGCAGACGAUCGAGGAGUGGCGCGACCUGGUCAGCGUUGAAGGAGAGGGCGGACAGGAAAAGCUGGGAGACAUCUGCUUCUCGCUGCGCUACGUGCCGACCGCCGGAAAGCUAACCGUCGUCAUCCUGGAGGCCAAGAACUUGAAGAAGAUGGACGUGGGCGGACUGUCUGAUCCAUAUGUGAAAAUUGCAAUCAUGCAAAAUGGCAAACGUUUGAAAAAGAAGAAGACAAGUAUCAAAAAAUGCACCCUCAACCCUUACUAUAAUGAGUCGUUCUCAUUUGAAGUACCAUUUGAACAAAUACAAGUAUGCGAGAAUGUAUUAUACUAUCCUAUAAAAUACCACAACUACUACUACUCUACUACUAUACUACUACUGUCUACUGCCUAUACAAACUACCUACUACUACUAUUACUGUUACUACUGUUACUGUCCUCUUCUGAACUAUCUACCAAAGAAACCAAACUAAACCGAGUUUUGAGUACCCAACCUCCCUCUAAACACACACUAGCCUACUUACGUGCAAUCGUUGUUGUUAAUUAUACUACAUAUAUACCGUAUAUAUAUAUAUCCAUAUAUUGAAUACUUGUAUUCCAAAACAAGCGACAACAACACCAAACUCUGAACCAAACAACCGAACACUCUUAGAGACCAAUCUUCGUAUUACCCAUAAAGAUAUCUAAACUUCCCCCCAAAAACUAACUUAAUCAAUCUUUGUGUUCUAUAAGACCUACCAAAAACCUAAAAAAAAAAAAAAACAAAAGUAUUCAAUGUUAAAUGUUGUAAUUUUAACCAAAAUUUGUUCGAGCUUAUUUUAUGUUUGAUAAUCCCUGAUUUACUAUUGUAAAUAUUCAAAACGAAUACUGAAAGCCCAACAAAUUUAGCAAAUGUUUUAGUUUGUUGCCUUUGUUUGUGUAGUCUUUGAGAAAUUUUUGUGGAAUCUGAUUUUUGUGGAUUUCUGUUCUGAACUUGAGUUUUAACCAGCCUCGAUGUGUGCUUAGCCCAGCUGAUUUGGUUUAUGUUUAAGUU